AUGAACUAAACAUUAUUUGAGAGUUGGGUAAUUGAUAAACUAAAUUAAAAUGAGGACACACAAAAGACUAAGUUCAAAAGAGAUAAGAAAAAGCAGAAAUCAAAAGAAGAUCAUUAAAAUAUAAAAGAAAUCACAGAAUUAGAAGCAUUAUUCAGUCAAAUGACAUUAACUGAUAAAAAGUUGAAGUAAUAAUCAAUAAUAAAGAUUGAUUUUGAAAAAACUAAUUAUAUCUCUAGUGUUUAAGAUGAGGAGUUCUUGAAAUGGAUUUUUUCAUAACUCAGAAUUUAUUACUCUUUCAAAAAAAUUAGCUAAUUGUCAAAUAAGAUAGAUUCUCUCUUUUAAAUUAUAUUUGAAGAUAAAGAAAUUGAGUUCUUAGAAUAAUCCAUUGGUUCAAGAUUAGGAAUGGAGAAUGAUUAAAGAAUUCUUCUAAAAAAUAUUUUUAAUAAUAUUUUUGAAGUUUGA